AUGAAAAGUGAAAGGAGGGAUGCCAGGACAAGGACGGAAAGACAGACUGCAGAUGUGAUAAUGCCAUACCAAACGGACAGGAACACGUGUCAGUACUGUCCGGAGGACUUUGAGGAGGCCAGCGACGGAACAUUCACAAACGCAGUGGCUGUGUCCACACUCACCAAAGACGAUCCGUUUCCCAGCUUAACGUCGCUGCAGACGUCCAAGGCCAAGGACAUAGCCAAUGAUGUCCUUCACCAGAUCGAGCUUCCUGCUGGGAAAAAAUCAUUUGUGCUACAUGUUCUGCGGCUGUGGCUAAAAUUUGCCUUGCAGAUCAGCCACUGA